UUCCCACUGCAACAUACAUAAAGCGAACUCAAAGCAAAACCCUAGUUGAGCGUUGCAGGCGAAGGAGGAGAAGAUGACGACCGUUCCAGGGCAACUCGUGUGGGAGAUCGUGAAGAAGAACAACUCUUUCUUGGUCAAAGAGUUCGGAAGGGGCACUCAGAGCGUUGAAUUCAGCAGAGAGAGCAACAAUCUCUUCAAUCUCAACUCCUUCAAACACUCUGGUUUGGCGAACAAGAAGACUGUUACCAUUCAGCCCUCGGGUAAAGAUCAGUCUGUGUUGUUGGCCACAACCAAGACAAAGAAACAAAACAAGCCUGCUGCUUUGCUCCACAAAUCAGUCAUGAAGAAGGAGUUCUCCAAGAUGGCAAAGGCUGUCGAAAAUCAGAUCGCCAAUAAUUACUACAGGCCUGAUCUCAAGAAGGCAGCUCUUGCAAGGUUGAGCGUCGUUCAUAGAAGCCUCAGAGUUGCUAAGUCUGGUGUCAAGAAGAGGAAUAGGCAGGCUUUGAAGGUCCGCGGCAGGCAGUGAGAGUGAUCUCAAGAAUCAUUGAUUUUGUCCCUUCGUUUUGUUUUUCUACUUUCUUGAACUUGAUCCUAGAUUCCAGUGUUUUUUUGAAAUGCAAUUAUUUACUUGGUAUUCAACAUAAGACUAGACCUAUAGCAUGAUAUAGCUUUCAACUUGGUUGAUUUCUCUACUGUUUUAUGGUCGAUGAUAUAUAUUCAACUGAUUAUGAGAA